AUGGCUGAUUGUAGCUUUGGCAGAAAAAACCUAAAAUGCCCUGAAUGUUCUGGUAUUUCCCAACCAGACAGGAUUAAUACAUGUCGCUGCAAAAGAAAGGAUGGCUCUGGUUCCAUUGUUUCUGUGGUGGAGACAUCCCAAACUUCAAUCAUCAACACUGUAGAGUUUCCACUUACAACAAACAUCAACAGAAAUAAAAACUCAAGCACUGAAAACAGCACCAUAAAAGAAUCUAUCAACUUCGAACAUACAUUGGAAGAGUCACCAAUCCUCUCUCCAUCUAUCUCCACACUCCCAUCCCAGUGGUCAUCCCCAAGCUUAUCCCCAUCAGUGAUUUCACAAGCAUCUUUCCAUCCAAAGGAACAAUUCUCUAGCACUGGAGAGCCCUUAAGAACCUCAGACACAAUUGAGACAUGUAGAAAACUCUCACAACAGCAGUGGACUCGUUCCAGCUCUACAGAAGGAAAAAUUCCUCACAUGAGGAUGGAAGAUUGCACUGCUAUACAGCAAAUAUAUUCCUUUGGAAGAAAACUGGGACAAGGGAGCUUUGGAGUGGUCAUUGAAGUCAUACACAAGGAAACAGAUCUUAAGUGGGCCAUGAAAAAAGUGAACAAAGAAAAGGCUGGAAGCUCUGCUGUGAAAUUACUUGAACGGGAGGUGAACAUCCUGAAAAGUGUGAACCAUGAGCAUAUCAUUCAUCUGGAACGAGUGUUUGAAACACCCAAGAGGAUGUACCUUGUGAUGGAGCUCUGUGAGGAUGGAGAACUCAAAGAAAUACUGAACAGUAAAGGGCACUUCUCUGAGAACGAGACAAGACAGAUCAUUGGGGACUUAGGGUCAGCUAUCGCAUAUCUUCACAGAAAGGAUAUUGUUCAUAGAGACCUAAAGCUGGAAAAUAUUUUGGUUAAAAGCAGCUCUACUAAUGAAAAAAAUGAAACCAACUUUAACAUAAAGGUGACUGAUUUUGGUUUAGCAGUACAAAAGGAAGGAGGAUGUGAAGUCAUGUUGCAGUCCACUUGUGGGACUCCUAUUUAUAUGGCACCUGAAGUGAUCAAUGCCCAUGACUAUAGCCAACAGUGUGACAUCUGGAGCAUAGGUGUCAUUAUGUACAUGCUAUUAUGUGGGGAACCUCCUUUUUUGGCAAAUUCAGAAGAGAAACUUUUUGAAUUAAUAAGAAAAGGGCAACUGUGCUUUGAAAAUAGUAUCUGGGAAUCUGCAAGUGACUCUGCUAGAUACGUCUUGAAACAGCUCCUGAAAGUGGAUCCUGCCCAUAGAAUAACAGCUAAAGAACUGCUUGAUAACCGGUGGAUAACGGGCAAUACACUGACUCCUGUGAGACCCACAAAUGUUCUAGAACUGAUGAAACAGUGGAAGAACCAUCCAGGAAGUGAUGAAGAAGACCUAGAAGACCUAAAGGCUGAUCUGGCUACCAAAAUACAAGUGUAUACAAGCUGCCAACCAGAGGAAAAUGGCAACGACGAGAACGUGGUUGAAGAUACAGAUGAUAGAAAUGCCAAAUCCCCUAUGCCAGGAAAGCAGAUCAGCAAGAAAAAAAACAACACAGGUACAUUAACAAAUGGGACAGUGAAGAAGAAAAAUGUCAACUUGAGGUCAUCUAGUAAUGUCCCUACUAGUGGAAAAAUAGCCAGUCCGAAGCGGAAUAUGGACAGUUCCGAAAAUGUGUUCCCUCAGGGUUCCCCAUCAUCCAAACCGGUCACCCCUUCACCAAAGGGGGAGUUAGAUAAGUCUUCCAUGACCCGAAGUCCAGGAUUGUCACCAAAAAACUACUCCAAAACCCCUGCCACAUCUAAGAUCAAAAAGAAAUCCUAAGGUAUCCUUCAGCUCUGUGCAGCACAGAUCCAGGGCUGUGAUUCCUUUUGGUGGAAGAAGGGUAUAUAUAAAGGACAAAGUGGACAGGGCCACAUUGAGUCUUUUAGCUCUCCUCCACCCUGUCAGGGGAGAGUUCUCUGUCUGCACCGGCUUCAACCUGAAGCUCCUUCUAAAGCAGCGUGUACCCUGUUAACAAACACCCAUUCACAGCAGUGUUGGCAGAGCAGAGCUGUCACUGACUAGAGGUACAUGUAAGUAUUUUUUUAGUCUGAGGCGGCAAGCCACUUAUGAGAGUUUCCCGAGCCCUUCUGCUCUGUUUUACCUAAGAUUCUUAAAUUUAGCCACAGAUAUUUAUAGGGAACAUAUGAGAGGGCAGACUUGGUCCCUGGGGAUCCUGCUACCUGUGAGCACUUUACCCUGGAGGACUUUGCUAGGAAAAUGCCCAUCACCUUGCUCCAGGCAUACAGUGCAAUGAAACCCACACAUCGCAUGUAUCAUUGUUCUUUUAGGUCAUCUUAGAUUACUUAACUCAUUUUAAACUUGGAAAA